AUGAGCCAUUAUUUAUCUUCAUUCAUCAUCGAUCCCGUUGUUCGGCAAGCGCGCCGUUUCUCCAGACCCUCCAUUGGGGCCAACUCGGGCUUUGAAGAUGGCGCCGAUCUGGUCCCAGCGUCCUCGGCGACGGAUCAAGUAAGAGCAAGCAUUGGCGUGAGCUCCUCUGAGCGUGAUCAGCAGACGUUCGAAAGCAAUGCUGAAGUGGUCGACGAUCUCGAGCACGAGAUCUCUGCGGCAUUGGUCGAUGACGCUUCUUUCAGGCUUGUAGAGGUGGGCAAUCUUGAGCCUGCCGUACAUGCAAGACAAUAUACAGUACAGCAGGCAGUACCUCAGAUUUACGGGCCUGGAAAUGGAUCUUCUAUCGCCGCUGUCCACGACCCAAGUUCCGUCGAUGGUUCCUCUGAGUUGACCCUCCCCGCUCGGACAAGGGACGCUGAAUCAGACGCCAGAGAAACACCCCUGAAUGACAGUUCUUUACCCGAGGACGAUGGUAUGAGCCAGAUGCGGCGGCAAAUACUCGCGAUCCAACGGGCAGACACUUCUAGUGAAAGCAAAGCGCGACUAGUGUACGGCCUCAUGACCGAGAAACACAACACUUCUCACCAAAGCCUGCAUGCUCGCGCGCAUUCUCCCGCAAGUCUUCAAAGCUCAGAUCAUCCCCUGACACCUACGUCACCGAGGUCGUGGGCCAGUCUUCGUCCCACUAUCUCCCCGCCCACAUCAUCUUCAUCCGCAGGAGACAGCUCGAACCCCUUCAACCUAACACCAGAGACCCUGCAACCCACCUAUUGGCAAAAACGUUCCGCAAGCAACAAAGACUCAAAUGCCGACAGACAACCUUCAAGCUCAGAGGAAGAAGAGAGGCCCUAUGGCUGUGCUCACUAUAAGCGAAAUAUCAAGCUGCAAUGCUCUGCCUGCAAUAGAUGGUAUACUUGCAGAUUCUGUCAUGACCAGGUGGAGGACCAUAUGCUUAACAGACGCGAGACCAAGAUGAUGCUCUGCAUGUUCUGCUGGGGCGCCCAACCUGCAAGUAACGCCUGUAUAUUCUGCGACCAAGUCGCCUCCUGGUACUACUGCGAUGUUUGCAAACUAUGGGAUGAUGACGUGGAGAAAGACAUCUAUCACUGCAACGAUUGUGGUAUUUGUCGUGUCGGAAAAGGUAUUGGCAAGGACUUCUUCCACUGCAAGCGAGCAUAUGAGGACGUCAUAUCGCUGCCCAAUAUGCAGCCGCUCGAUAGCAAAUAUGGAGCGUCAGUUUCUUGCCUUGAGAAGGACGAUUGA